AGUACUAUCGAAAAUUUGAUUUUAAGAAUAAAUAAGAAAUUUUCUUAAUAAUAACUGUUUUAUCGCAAUGUUUAUUUUGAAGAAAUACGCUUUACCAAAUGUGGCGCAUUUUCGUAAAAUUUCACGAACGGCGAGACUGAGUAGCGACGAGCUGGUCGUUCACAGGGACUCCGCGGAUAACAACGAGACAACGCCUUUCGAGUUCACCGAAGCUAACAUGACUAGGCUAAACGCGAUAAUCAAGAACUACCCAGAAGGUUCGAAACGGUCCGCGAUGGGCGCCGCAUUGGACCUCGUGCAGCGUCAGAUGGGCUGGGUACCAAUAUCCGCCAUGCACAAGGUUUCGGAGAUACUUGGCGUACCUCGAAUGAGGGUCUACGAAUAUUCUACUUUUUACACCAUGGUCAAAAGGUCAUUCAAAGGCAAGUACCACGUGAAGGUGUGCACGACUACGCCGUGCAUGAUCAUGGGGUCGGACAUCAUCCUGCAGGCCGCGGAGCAAGCGUGCGGGUGCAAGGCCGGCCACGUGUCUCCUGACGGGCUGUUCGGUGUGGAUGAGGUGCAGUGCGCAGGCGCUUGUGCGAAUGCACCGGUGCUCGUCGUUGAAGAUGAUUAUUACGAAGAUGUUACGGUGUGUGACGUUGAGGAAAUUAUCUGUACCAUAAGGAACGGCGGAAUACCUCAAGCAGGACCUCGAAGUGGCAGAUUUGCCGCCGAACCCAGCUGCGGGUUAACGAGCCUGUGUAACGAGCCACCAAAACCUGGACACGGCGUACAGCCUGCGCUACUGAAAAAAUAAAUAUCUUGCAAUGAAAGUAAAUAUUACUUACGUACUCGUACAAUGUUUCUGUUUUAUAUAUUAUUUAAAAAAUAUAUAAAAGUUUAUUGUGCAUUGUUAUUGGACCUAGUUCUGACUAGUGAUUUUAUGUAGAAGAAUAAAAUUGUAAGUUAUUCAUAAUAAAUCAUUCUUCGCAUU